AUGUCUAAGUUAGAGGCCCAAUUGAGUCAAUUAGCUAGCACGUUGUGUCAGUGCGAGAAAAACAAAUUUCCAAGUCAACCCGAGGUCAAUCCUAAGUUUCCUCUCAAUCAAAGACCUCCCGAAAAUGUCAAUGCGAUCAUCUCUCUAAGUUCGGGAAGUCAAGUAGAUAACAAAGUUGGUGAACCAGUGAAUGAAAAUAUGAAAUCAAUUCCUAAACCAAGUCCUUCUUUGUCAAUCCAUGUUUAUGAUAAGCCCGAAUGUUCAAAAGCUCGUGAGUCUAUGAGUGAACCUAGUCCUAGGCCCGUCUCUCAAAAGGCCAAUGAAGAAGUUUAUAAGCCAAGGGUUCCUUACCCACAAAGACUCAUUCGCCCUAAACAAUCGGCCCAAAUGGAACAAAUCUUAGACGUUUUCAAACAUGUCAAGGUCAACAUACCUCUCUUAGAUGUCAUUCAACAAGUUCCUUCUAAUGAUGAGUGUCUAAAAGAUUUAUGCGAUACUUUCGUAGAUAAGGCUUUACUUGAUUUAGGAGCGAGUGUGAAUCUUCUUCCUUUCUCGAUCUACCAAGCCCUAGGUCUAGGGGAUCUCAAGACCGCCAAUAUGACCCUUCAACUAGCUGAUCAUUCUGUUAAAAUGCCUAGGGGAGUUAUUGAGGACGUGUUGAUCAAAAUCGGUGAUUUUAUCUUUCCCGUUGACUUUGCUGUUCUCGAGACUCAACCCGUCUCGAAUCCUAGGAACCAAAUUCCCAUCAUUUUAGGACGACCUUUUCUGGCGACAUCCAAUGCCUUAAUCAAUUGUAGGAAUGGUUCGAUGAAGCUCACAUUUGGAAACAUGACCAUUGACUUAAACAUUUUCAAUGCAGGAAAAGAACCCAAUGAGCUUUAUGAACAACCAAUAGGGGUUAAUGUGGUCAACAAGUUUGUCACAUGGUCUACUUUUGAGGAUAGUGAGAUUUAA